AUGACGCCAAGGCUUUGCAAGUCCUUGGCGCAAGAGCUGCCGAGCGCAGCGCCGAAGCGCUGCCGCGAGGCUUUGGAAGAGCUCUUGGAGAAAGCACAGGAGCGGAAGAAGGACUUGGCUCCUGAUCUUUGCAAGGCCUUGAUCACCUUCGUCGCCAGUAUGGCCGCGCCGCGCGUACCCAUGUGCAUGUCCUUGCAGUUCCUUUGCCUGGAGCUCUUGGGCCGUGCAGGCUCUUCCGUCCGAGCCUAUGAGGAUGAUGCUAGUAAGGCGGACGUGCAAGCCUUUUUCUUCAAGCUCAUGAAGAAAGAAGCAAAGACGCAGCCAUGCUUCAAGCCUCGGAUCAUGGUGCUCAUGCUGCAGUACUUGUUGCGGUGGCUCCACUCCAGCAACGCACAGAAGUGCCUCUCGAAGGAGGGAGCCUUCAAGGCGGAGGUCGUGACCUCGUUGUUGGACGCCUGGUGCUCCGAGAUGGCACGCUGCAUCCGAUGGCCUGGACGAUGGCAGCUCAAGGCGACGCGGAGCUUGCAGAAGGUGAUGGGGGCCAUGCCAGAGGUCAUAUUGCCUUGGGCCUUGGCUUUUCUGAAAAAAUCUGAGGAUCCCCCAGCCUUGCUCGUGGCCGCCCUGACGCGAACGCCCAAUGUGGAGCGCAGCACGCUGCUCGAGCUCUACUCGAAACAUGUCUUAGAGGCGAAGAAGGUCCUCACAGACUUCACGCUCCACGCGUGGUCGCCCGUGGCGGCCGCCAGUAGCAGCGAAGAGUUGGCGCAGCAGCUGCUGCCCUUGGCGCUGCGGAUGAUGAAGCGACAGCCAGCUCCCAGCGCCGUCUCUUUUCCAUCGAUGGUCGGCAGCCUUCGCCUGGACCUCUCCAACCAUGCGAAGGAGCUACUGGAGACGGCACCUGAACGGCUCAAGGACAAGGAUCGUCGCUGGCUGGGCCGUGAACUCGUGAAAGACGUGGCCGUGAACUCCUCGGCCGAAGCGCUGCUCGCCGUGGCCGAGUCCUGGGCGGAGCUGGUCAAAAAGGCUGGCAAGGUGGAUGAGAAGCAGGCAGCCUUACAGGCCUUAGCGGAGCGGCACGGCGGAGCGGUCGGUUCGGGGCCCGAUCGAUUCGCCUUCGGCGCCCAGGAUCCAAAGGGGCCCCUGGCCAAAGUCGCUGCUGAAGAUGCCAAUGAAGAGACGCGUUACUUGGGCUACCGUGCCCUAGGGGCCCUGGCCCUGCGCUUGCCGAGCAACCUGCAGGAUCAGGUGGUGGCUGAACUGCUGAAGCCGCUCUCGGACAAAAAGGCCCCGGACCGCGCGCGCCUGGCGGCGCUGGCAGUGCUGGCGCAGCUGGCGGAAGCGCGCGAAGGCACCUCCUGCGCUUGGGCCGGCAGCUUCGUGGACAAGGCUCUACCUUUGCUCACCUUGGCCGCCACCAAGCCCGUCCAGCGCCUGUCCAGCCUCUUGGGCUUCGCGGUGUGUGGGUCCCUCGCGAAGGCCGAUGGGGAGGUCUUGAGCUCCAAGAUGAAGAAGGAACAGUUGAGUCUGCUGAAGGAGAUGCGACGUGGGGCACGGGCUGGGGUGUACCACACGAGACUUUUGAUCCGUUAA